AUGCCAGCCAUUGAUCUCUCUCCAUGUGAUCUUCAAGACCAUUUCUGUCUUUGUAAGGCAAAAUAUAAAGAGGAGAUGGUGGCUCAGGGGCUGCCAAAUUAUUCUCAGGACUCAGUGACUUUUAAGGAUGUGGCUAUGGACUUCACUCAGGAGGAGUGGACUUUGCAGGACCAAACUCAGAGAAACUUCUACAGACAUGUGACACUGGAAAAGUACAAUUGCAUCCUCCAAGACUGGAAGGAUUGUGUUGAUACCAAAUUGUUGGCACCUCAGCAGUAAACUUUGCAAGGAAAAACAUCUAAUAUGGUGGAAAUGGAGGGAAACCACAUGGGAGAGGAACUAUUUAGCCAAUGUAAAAAUGCCUUGAGUGAAUACUCAUAA